AUGCCGAAGUACUAUCGUACAGAGCUUUUCGCUUACCGCCUGAUUGGAGUACUCUACAAGUAUGGACACUUCCUGAGUGUGUUCGGUUGGAAAUUGCAGAAACAUAAGAUGGAGUUACGUCAAGGAAAACGUUGGAUUCGAAUUAUAAGAAUUAUAUGGCGCAUUUCGCUUUCUCUGAAUUUUGCGUGGUUGAUACCAAAAAUGAUGGCACCAUAUAUAAAACAUGUAGACAACUCAUUCUUAAUAUAUUGUGCCGAUGUGCAGGUGAUAACUGUAACACUCUUCUCGAUAAUGCCAUUCGUUAUAAAUGAGUGUUCGGAACGAAAAAUAUUUCAAAUAAUCAAUAAACUCGUUAAUAUGUACGAAAGGAUUUCAAUAAAGUCAAGGAUUGAACAGAUACUGGGACGCACAUUUGUAGUAUCUGUCAUAUUGAAAAUUCUACUCAGCGCUUUCGGACUGUUAUAUGAAAUUCCACUUCUAGUCGAAGGUACAGAACUGAUGAGUUUCUUAGCAGGCAUUUACCUAUGGUUAAGCACAAUAUAUAUAUUGGAUUGUUGUUUCGUGGGCUUUAUGGUCAUCAGACAAAUGUACAUUGCAAUGGCUACACAUCUGGAGCGGAUGCUUGAAAGGAUGAGCCAAAUUGAAUCGGAAGAGCCGCAACAGCGUUUAAGUAAACAUCAACGUAUGAAAGAAUUGUGUGUGUGCUCGGAAAGAUAUAUCGAAAUGGGUUAUGUGGAUUUAAUGGCGUUUUUCUCCACGGUUUUUAAGUUUUGCAACUUGGCCUUCUUAAUAUUUAGCACUGACGAUGUCGUGCAGAAGUCCCAACUAACCGAUUUGCUCAAUUUGGAUCUGAUCUGCUCAGAUAUCGAUGCGCGUUGGGAUGAAAGCGUUGAGACAUUCAUAUGCCAACGCAAAGUGGAAAACCUCGAAAUUAAGGUGUUGGGAUUCUUUCACCUCAACAAUGAGUUCAUCUUAGUCAUAUUAUCGGCCAUUAUGUCUUACCUCUUUAUACUAAUUCAGUUUGGUUUGACAAAUAAACAUACAGUGGUGAGUAUGACAUAA